AUGGCGCUCACGAUCAAGCAGCUCAACGGCGACGCCAGCUUCCUGCUCACGUUCGAGCCCAUCGAGACCUCUGACGUUGCGCUCUCCACGCAGCCCUUUCACGUCCUCCUCGACCCCCGGAUCGCCACCGCCAGCAGCAGCAGCAGCAGCGUCGUUGCCGCCCUGCAGGACUUGCCCGACAUUGACCUCGUCCUCGUCAGCAGCGCGCGCAGCGACCACUGCCACGAGGCGACCCUGCGCCAGCUGCCCUCCACCAGCAAGACGAGGAUCCUCGCCGAGCCCGCGGCCGCGCGACGCAUCCGCGGCUGGCGCUGCUUCGACAAGGGCACGGUCGAAGCCCUGCCGCGGUGGGAGGACUGCCCCGCGCCGGGCAAGGAGGAGCGGCGGGUGCUGCGCAUCCCGAUCCUGCCGCAGGUCUUUGGCGGCGAGCCCGGCGAGAUGACGCUGACGUACCUUGGGCAGAAGCGCGAGGCGCACGCCGCAAUCGGCAUCACGUAUCGGCCGCCGACCGUCUCGCCCACGGCGUUUCGCCGCGGCAACAGGGCCGCCGCCGCCACGCCAAACAGCAGCAGCCCGAUCCCGCCGUGCCCGCCGCGGCUUCCCACCCCGGCCCUCAGCUUCUCCGACGCCGGCAGCAGCAGCAGCAGCAGCAGCGUGCCGGGCUCUCCGGCGUCGAGCACCGUCGACGGCAGUCCCAUGCUCCCCGCAAUGCCGCCGCCGCCCCUCACCCGAACCGGCACCCGAAACAGCAGCGGCGGUACCCGUCGGCGACGCUCCGGCCGCGCGGUGCAGUCCUGCGCGACAUGGCGCUCGCUGCGCACCCUCUCACCGCACAGCCUAGACCGCGGCGUAUCCGUCAUCUUUGCGCCGCACGGCAUCCCGUACCGCGCGCUGCAGAGCUACGCGACCACGCACCUCCUGCGGCAGGCCGUGCUCCCUCUGACGGCGCUGCUGCAUUGCUUCGACGCGCCCGCGCAGCCGUGGUACCUCGGGGGAAGCAGCGGCGGCAUGCCGAUGGGCCAGGAGACGGCGUCGGCGCUCGGCGCCAAGGCCUGGAUCAGCUGCCACGACGGCGAGAAGGAUGUUGGCCGCGGCGGCGGCGUCGUCGGAAGGCUCGUCGGGAAGAAGCAGCGGUUCGUGGCGGACGAGGUGCAGCGGGCGCUGGACGCGAGCCACGCGCAGGGCAUGGCGAGCCCGGGGAACCUGCUGCGCAAGUCGGCGGGUCACCACCCGACCGAGGUGCUGGCGCUCGAGGCCGGCGAGGAGAUUGCCAUGACCAGCGAGGGCAUCUGGGAGGAGGAGACGCUGUUUGCGGAUGACAAGGGAGGAGGGGGCUUGCUCGGGCUGGGCUUGAGGAUGGGCGAGGAUGAGGAGGGGAGAAUCGUCACCGGCGCGCCGGCCCUGGACUGGUGGUGA